AUCUCUCUAUAUCUCUUUCUCUCUCUAAAAUAAGCUUGAAUCUGAGCAUCUUCUACAUCGAUGAAGGGAUAGAGCUCGGCUGGAUUCUUCAUCAAAAAUGGACUUUUUGCCAGAUGCCAUUGUCACGUGCAUCUUAGUCUAUGUAACGAACGCAAAAGAUGUGGCUUCUGCUUCUUGUGUAUCAAAGAGAUGGAAGGAGUCAAUUCCUUAUCUGAACAAGCUUGUCUUCCCUCGUAACAUUUUUGAUGAUGUUAAGAGGUUCUCUCCUGAUGAAAUUAUUGAGCAAAUGGUUUCAUCAAUUAAUAAACUGGAAGAACUUGUUGUAUACUGUCCUUUUAGUGGUUCUUGCCUAGCGUCAUGGCUUUCAAUGGCAGGACAUUCUCUACAGAAGCUUGAACUAAAGAUGGAUGACAACCUUAUUGAUUUGAAUUCUUGCUCCAGGAAGUUGGAUAGUAUCGGAGCAGCAACGAAUUUGGAGUCAUUGAAACUUUGGGGUGUGAAUAUGACUCGUGGCCCAAAAUGGCACACUUUCCAUAAGCUUAAAAAUCUUGAAAUAGUUGGUGCAGUAACAGAUGACUCUAACCUCCAUGCUGCAUUAGGGGCUUGCCCCAAUUUGAGUAACCUGUUGCUCCUUGGUUGUGAAGGAGCGACAGAUGUCUUUAUUGAGCUUCCUCAUCUGGAGAAAUGCAAACUUGAUUUCAAUGGCUUAGGUAAUUGCUCCCUUACUGUCAAUUCUCGAAAUCUUCAACAUUUGGAAGUGCAAGGCUUUAGUGGGAUCAGAGUCCUUGAGACUCAAUUUCUCAGAGACCUUAUCAUUGCUAAUACUGCAGGACGGGUUAGUGCUCUUGAUUUUGGAAAGCUUGUGGCACUUGAGUCAUUGGAGAUGAGAGGAGUUCAAUGGUGUUGGCAUGCUAUACACUAUAUGCUUCAAUUGGCAAGUGAAGUCAAGCAUCUCCUCAUGAAGGUGGAAUUCACUGGGGAUUUUGAUGCUCUUCAGCCAUUUCCUGAGAUUGAUAUUGUUGAUUUCUUUAACAGUCAUCCCAAGCUAACAAAAUUUGAAAUCCAUGGUGCCAUGUUUGCUGCUCUUUGCCAGAGAAACAGUUUGAGAAAUGUUGACUCCAGAUUUAUGAUCCCUUGCCUUGAGGAGGUUGUAGUCACCGUGAGGUCGCCACUGAAUGCUGAACAAAAGAUGAGUACUCUAGAGUCUCUAAUCAACUAUGGAAAGAAACUGAGGAAGAUGAGAAUAAGAAUUCUUCAGAUGAAGAGCAGCCAUAGCAGUACAGAUGAUUUUUUUGAGGAUAUUUGCAAAUUCACUCACAGUCAUCGCAGGAUUGUUUCAAUUGAAUAGAAAAGAGUAGCCCAGUGCACAAGGCAUCCCGCGUUAGCAGGGUCCUCGGAAGGGCCGCACCCCAUUUUUUCGAUUGAAUAACGAUUGGAUAUUUCCUUGUUCUCUUUAAUUUUAAUAGGAACAUACUUGGACCAUUCACGUCAUAGUUCCUAGACAUUUUUACUUUGAUUUAUGUACCUUUGAAUUUUAUAGCUAGACUUGGAGCUCAGAUGUUUUAAACUCAUGAGUACUUUGAGGAAAUCAUAAAUGAAUUUCUUUGGUUUUAGAUGAAA